CAUACAUACAUACAGUAUAUAAAAAAGAUAAUUGAAAGCGCAAAAAAUGCCGCUAGAUACCGAAAGCACCGCGCUCUUGAGCAAAGAACAACUCAAAUCCAACGGUUACAACAAUGAACAGAAGCAGCACCAAUCGAAAUGCCAAUCGCAUUACAUCGACGUUCUGGAGAAACCACUAUGUAACGGUUAUACAUCCAUACUAGGGGCGGAUGAUUUCUCCGCUAGCCUAACUCUGGAAGAAUUGCUGCCCUUUGUCGACGAUCCGUGGUGGCAAAAACUGCGGCGCACACUCUUCUGCACAUUCUGCUUGGUGUUUUGGUUGAUUUUAUUCACCGGCUGUACGCUUGCCUACAUGGAACGUAAUAAACAAUGUGGCAUCUCGAUCGCAACUGCAACAGCACCAACUAAUACGAGCACGUUGACAGCUGCAACUCUACAAAGUAUUUAAAAGCUGAAAUGCAAGGCCAAUUCACAUAGAACUUUCGCUUCGCUUUGCGUCUGACAGUUGUUUUGACAGAACAGUUCGAUGUAUGCUUUUGUAUGAGAAGAUUCGCUUACAAAGUUUUCGACGCGAAGCAAAGCAACAUGUUGGGCAACUGUCAACUUUUUACGCUUUGCUAAGCAACAGUCGCCAAGCUUUCAUUAUGGCUUACUCUUUGUUUUCUGCGCUUCGUCGUUUUAGUAUCAACUGUCACGCAAAGAGCGAAAGAAGUUGUAUGUGAAUGGGCCUUUAUAGUCUUACCUUCAUAAGUAAUGCGGGAGAUUUUCAAAUUUGAAAAGGAAGUACGAAGUUUCUCGCUUUGCAAUUUUACAUUUUUAGUUCGAAAAGUGUUUGUCAUAACUUAUCAAAGUCGCAUACCUAUUCUUAUCAUUAAAAGUGAGUUCUUUAUUAGGGUGUGUGCU